GGAAGAAAUUUCCCAGCAUAAUGUAAAAUGUGAGGAAAGUAGGGAAAAUAAGGGGGGCGGGAAGUUUUCUCCAGUUUCUUCUCUCAAAAGCUUCCAUCGACAGACUACAGUGGGAGGGAAAGCAAAGCAGUUUUCCUGUCGUCAAUGGGGUCAGCAAGUCCAAAACACACCUGCCUCAAACUGGAAAUUCCCAGCAAGACGCAGAGGGAGCGAAUAUUCGUUAAGGGCACGUGGUUUUCUUCUCACUUUGACCUCUUCAUCACUGACGGUCUCGAAGCUUGGACUUGCCUUGCGUCGGAGGAAGAGGUAGAAGAUAGAGCAUCUCAGUGGGAUCAACCCGUUUCUGAGUAUAUUGAUUUGGGUGAAAAGUAUUUGGGACUUCAACAGCCCGGCUCUGUUUAUGGCUUUGAUGAUGCUGGCUCUGGGCAUAAAAGGCUUUCCUGGACAUUUGAGAAAGAAGGCACAAAGCUGGAAUGGCGGUGGAAAUGCCAACUGUCUCCUAAUAGCAAGAAAACUACGGCAGACAUCUUGGACUUUCUCAUGGAUGCAAACAUUAGACUGAGUGACGAGGUUGUCAGUAAAACUCAAUCAUUUGAGAGGCUGAGAGAGGAGGCUGAAAAAUGUUUAACACAAAGCGAGAAACUCAGCAAAGAGAAAGAAGAAUUUGAAUCUGCAAUAUAUGCAAAGGUGCUGUUUUCAGUCCAAGCACUAAGAUCUUUUAUUAUUUCUCAGUUUGUCGGAGUCCUGAAUUCAAAGAAGAAAAAACUCAGAGAACUUCGCGAUAAGCUCUCAAAACAGGGACCUGCUGUUCAAGAGCCGGUAGAAGAGGACGACACACAAUCUACAGACAGAACUGAGACCUUUGAUGAGGGAAGUGAUGACGAAAAAAGCGGGGAGGAGGUUGAGAAGGAAGAUGUUGGCACUUCGUCAAAAAAGCAAGAUGUUGGCACUUCUAAAGAUGUUCCAGCCAGAAGGGGAAGGGGUCGUGGUCGAAAGAGAAAGUAAAUAUCCAAGAAGCAGCACUAGCGCCAUUUACAGUAUCUUAAUCAUCCUUGUUUUUUGGCCUCUUUAUCUGAAUGCUUUUAAUUUUAUCUUUCUUUUCAUGGAGAAUGAGGAUGUAUAUACAAUGUUGAACUUGUGAAUAUUUCAAGCACCCGUUUGGCCAGUCUUUUUUCCCCU